AGUACUCCACUAAACUUUCGUGCAUAUCAACCGUAUACCAAUAGAAGCGUGGACGUGUGCACAUACAACGCGAUACUUUUUUUCCUCUUUUACUUCGAUUUUUCCAACUGUAAUUAUAUUGCGAGUCGCCUGUGUGUAUGGAGUAGCUAUUUUUCUAUGUUAUUUUUGUUCAAACAACACCAAAUUAGAGCGUAUGUUUAAUCGAUUGAUGUUGUUUUCCUUUUCCACUAACUCAAUUCGAUUUUCUUUUGUGCUUUGUGAUUAAAUGCGAAAUAAAACCAAUAAAGUGCAGAUUUGUGAUGGCAUAAUAUAUAAAAUUUGCAAACGUUAAAACGAAUUGCAUGUUACCCGACUGAACAAUGAUGGAUUGUAGCCGAGCUGAGAUUGGUGAAAAUAUUAUGGAAAGAGUUUGAUUUUUCUUCAUCGCAGGGUUGAAGACAAACAAUUGUUUUGUAGAUUUUAAGUGAUCGAAUAACAAAUGUAUGUCAAUUGAACAAAGUGGUCGCGCAGUGUUUGUGAAAACCCUUUAGUAAGGAUUACGGGCAGUAGCCUCGACAGAAAUGAUAACUGCGAUUUUUCCGUCCGGCACAGCAGGUCGAUGGGGUUUCGGUGUCGUAAUUUUGAUAUAUUUAAUCGUUUACAAUGAAAAUGGUGGUCCGACUACACUAAUUGCAACAAUUUUGGCAUCAAUAUGUGCCUUAUUCUCAGCCAUUUGCAAAAGUUCACUGCAGAACAUCCAGAUAGCAUACCUGAGAGCCACACAAAAGUUCGAUUUUUUCUGUUUGUUCCUUGCUCUAUGGCUGGACAUCUUAACACUGCUAACGGCAUGCGGAGCAUUGGCUAGAACACUAAGCACAUGUCUAGAUGCAAUGACCGGUGGAAUGGCACGAAUAUAUUUGCUGGGUCGGAAUUCCGAUGAGAAUGAACCAUGGCCGGAUGUGCUAGGAGUUUCGGUUGUGUUUCUGUUGACCGUUAUGUUCAUGUUGGGAUUGGAGAACACAAGAGUCUUCGGUAUUCUAAUGGUUGCUGGUGUCAUUGGAAUAACAGUAAUUGGGAUUGCUUUAUCGUACAUACGGGGAAACCUGUACGAAUGGCAGAGUGAUAAGAUAAUGCCAAAUGGCUGGUUGGGGCUGUUAAGCAGUGCGGCACUAUCGAUUUUCACUUUUCCAACUGAACUGCCAUCAAACGGUGGCACAUACAAGAAAUUAAUCGGUUUCGGAAUUGUUGUAACUGUUGCUCUGACGAUAGCCGUUUCAGCCGGAUGUCUAUCAACCAUCACGGAAUUUAGUGAAACGAAACCAUUUAUCGCUGUGCCCGUUCUGUCUAUAUUGGAGAGUCAAGAUUUCCAUAAAGUCGAACCGGCUGUUGCAUGUCUGUUGGUAUUGACAUGUUCGGGGGCGUUUUUGGAACUAUUUCCGGAGAUGUAUUCGCUUAUUGUAAAGUUAACCACUUCGGAGUACAAGAUCUUGUCAAGACAGAUUGGAUAUGAAAACGGCGAUAGCGGUAGUCCGGUGCUGGCCAUUUUUACUGGUGGAAGCUUAUGCGCUAUGCUGGCCUUUGCUUGUCCUCUACAAAAUUUAAUUUACAUCCUAGCGGCUAGUAACUUAUGUGCAGGAAUUUGUCGAGCGUUCUUCUUGUUGUAUUCCCCAUACAGACCGAAAUACAUGGCCAAUAACACAAAUGAAGCUUCCUUGGCUUACAGUCGAUUGGAUGCACCAAGACCAAGUUCAUCGAGACGUAGUCUUUGGUCAUUUAAUAAACCGAAAACGAUUACCAUUCCAGUCGCCAAAUCGCGUCGAAAGAAGACAAAACGUGACAUCGAACUUGAAAGGGAAUGGCUGUUGCUGGGUGAACCUCAGUCGCCGAUACCGAGAGUGGCUGUUCUUGAUUCACCAGAGGCAGAGUCGAGUAUUUUAACGGAACCAGUUGUGUCAGAUGUCGAUUGCAUUGAUCGGGAAAUUUUAACCGACACCGAUAGUUCGACGGAUAUCGAUGCUAUCGUAGACGAGUACAGACAGAAAGUGAAGGUGUCGACGGCCGGAAUGGAAAUGGAAAAAGUUAUUCGAAUUCCAACGGUUAGUUCGUGGCGACUUGCAUUGUUUCUCGUCUUUCUGCUCGUAGUCGCGACGGAAAUAUCCAUUUUCGGAUUGACGAAUGAGUCUCCGAUUUUUUUCGCUUCUGGUGCUAUUACCGUCCUCAUCAUCAGCAUAAUGAUGAUGUUCAUACCGAAAUAUGAUCAUUCACAAUCAGCACCGUCGUCUGUAACCUGUGCGUUGGCAGUUUUACUACAGUUGAUUUUGCUGUAUUCAACUCUGAAGAGCUCUUGGCCCGCCAUUCUAUUUUGGAUAGGAGCAGGAAUCACACUGUACACGCGCUGUCACACAUGGUGUUGCCUAUGUCUCGAACAACAACGACCCCAGCUGCUAAUACCAACCGUAACAUCGAAUAUGACAUCGAUACGGAUACCGUGUCCGCCGCGUGGCUCACUCAUUCCGUCACGAAUAUCCGGCCACAGAUGACACAUAGAUUCGUCGGGGAGUGAUAUCUGUGAUGAGGACACAACCGAAGAAUGGACUGAGUAGAUAAAUUGGCUGAAAUUUUGCUGGACAGAAGGUCGCAUGAAAAUCAAAAUGAAUUUUUGGUUUAAUUUUUGAACUUAGUCUUUUACAGUGGUUAGGCUUUUGCGAUGAAAGGAAUUAAAAGAAUUUGGAAAGCGGUGGAGGGGUAGGAAAUUACACCGAGCAAUAUUGUAGAUAAUGCGUGAAGCUUAUAACAUAAAGUUCAAUGCAACGCCCGUACAAAACGAAUUUUUGAUGGUACAAUCGGUAGUUAGAAUUGGAAAAUUAUUUUUUAAUGAAAAAUUGUUAAGUCUGCGAGCAGAAUUACAAUUCGAAAUGUAAAUUAAAAUCAAAAGUAUAAAUGUUGAACGUUCAAGCAUGCAAUAUAACUCCGCGUCUUUAUCACUAAAAUUUGUAUCGAAUCCAUCAAUUUAACACCUUUUGCAAACGGCACCAUAUAGGGACAGGAAAUUGUUAUUUCUACCACGGCUGUUACCGGUAGUAUGCGGUAUCAGGAUACUCGCUUUUUGUUUUCCGAUACCGAUUUCAAUACGGAAAUAAGAAAUGCGUACCGAAGUCUACACAUCUUGGAAGGUCACUCAAUAUUAUUGGAUUCGCGGGAACCGGGAACACAACUUUUCAAUACAAAGAAAUUCACCAAAAUCAAAUUAGUGAUUCCGUGGUGAAUUAGUUUUGAUAUGUAAAAUCAUCAGUAGAAGUGUAUUCCCGUGUAUCUAUUUGACGAAAAUGGAGUUCCUAAAAACGCCCCAAUGUAGGUUUUUCGUGAAAUGAAACUGUUAGUCCGACCUCCGACAUAAAUAUGGACAUGGACUGAAUGUAGGCAAUUACGUAAUAUGUGUCCAUUUUGUUUUUGGUUACAAAAUGCUGGCAAAUAGAAGGUAAAUAGGCUGGCUUAAGAACGAUGAACCCUUUGCAAAUUUGGGCCGAAAAAUUGCCUUUUUUGAUGAUUUCCUUAAACCAAAACCUUUUUUCUUUUAAGU